GGAAAUGAAGGUUUACGGGAUCGAAGUUGAAAUCACGGACGUUAACGACAACGCGCCCAGCUUCAAGGAAACGGAGAUGGAGGAGAGAAUGAGCGAGACGACAGCUCCGGGGUCGCGGUUUCCCCUGGCCGAGGCUGACGACCCGGAUUUGGGACGGAACUCUCUGCAGAGCUACGAGCUGAGCGGCGACGAGCACUUCUCGCUGGCCGUGCAGACGGGCCCCGGCGGGGAUCAGCGGCCCGAGCUGGUGCUGGCGAAGGCGCUGGACCGGGAGGAGGCGGCGUUUCACGAGCUGGUGCUGCGGGCGAGCGACGGCGGAGAGCCGGCACGGACGGGCACGGCGCGGAUCCGCGUGGCGGUGCUGGACGCCAACGACAACGCGCCGGUGUUCAGCGCGGCGGAGUACACGGUGCGUGUGGCAGAGGACGUGCCCGUGGGCUCCGUCCUCGUCACCCUCACGGCCACCGACGCCGACGAUGGGCAGAAUGGACUUGUAAAAUACUCGUUGAAGAAAGAUUCGAACAUGGCAUCGGACUUUUUCCAGUUGGACUCCGAGACGGGAGAAAUAACGCUGUUGCGAAGCCUGGACUUCGAAGAAGCAGACUACUACGAACUAAAGUUACAGGCACGGGACGGAGGGGGCCUUUCCGACACAGCGAAAGUCUCCAUCACCGUGACUGACGUCAACGACAAUGCGCCCGAACUGACAGUAACAUCUCAGCUAAGCGAGAUAUCCGAGGACUGCUCUUCGGGGACGGUGGUGGCCCUGCUGCGUGUCCAUGACAGGGACUCGGGAGCCAACGGCCAAGUGCGGUGCUCCCUGGAAGGCGGAGUCCCAUUCCGUCUGGUGAAAUCCCUUGAGAAUUACUACCGCGUGGAGACGUCUCAGGAACUGGACCGGGAAAAGGUGUCGGAGUACAACGUGACGGUGCGGGCAGCAGACGGCGGGUCGCCGGCGCUGUGGAGCAGCGCGGUGCUGGCGCUGCGGGUGCUGGACGUGAACGACAACGCGCCGGUGUUCUCGGAGGAGCGGUACAGCGCGCGUGUGGCCGAGAACAACGCGGCGGGCGCGGUGGUGGUGCGAGUGCGGGCGUCGGACGCGGACUGGGGGGAGAACGCGCGCGUGCGGUACCGGCUGGUGGAGGGCCGGGUGCGGGAGCAGCGCUUGUCGUCGUACGUGUCGGUGCAGGCGGAGACGGGCGCGCUGUACGCGCUGCGCUCCUUCGACUACGAGGAGGUGCGCGAGGUGGGGCUGUGGGUGGUGGCGGAGGACGGCGGCGCGCCGGCGCUGAGCAGCAACGUGUCGGUGCGGCUGGAGAUCCUGGACGAGAACGACAACGCGCCGCAGGUGCUCUACCCGCCGCCGGCCUCGGCCUCGGGGUCGUCGUCGUCAGUGGGGUGGCCGGCGGUGGAGCUGGCGCCGCGGUGGUCGGAGCCCGGCUCGCUGGUGGCCAAGGUGGUGGCGGUGGACGCGGACGCGGGUCAGAACGCGUGGCUGUCGUACGAGGUGUGGAAGGCGACGGAGCCGGGUCUGUUCCGCGUGGGGCUGCACAGCGGCGAGGUGCGGACGGCGCGGUUCCCGCUGGCCCGCGACGCGGCGCGGCAGAGCCUGGUGGUGGUGGUGAAGGACCACGGGCGGCCGGCGCUGUCGGCCACGGCGACGCUGACGCUGGUGCUGGCCGAGAGCGUGGCCGAGCUGGUGUCGGAGCUGGGCAGCGCGGGCUCGUCGGCGGCGGCGGCGGGGCCGGGCGAGGCGGGCGGCAGGCUGACGCGCUGGCUGGUGGUGGCCGUGGCGGCCGUGUCCUGCCUCUUCCUCGCCUUCCUGCUGCUGCUGCUGACGCUGCGCCUGCGGCGCUGGCGCCGCUCGCAGCAGCUGCUGGCGGCGGGCAGCGGCGCCUUGCGCGGCGUCCCGGCCUCGCACUUCGUGGGCAUCGACGGCGUCCGCGCCUUCCUGCACUCCUACUCGCACGAGGUGUCGCUCACCGCCGACUCGCGCAAGAGCCACCUCCGCUUGUCGCCCGGCAGCUGCUGUGACACCCUGCCGGCCCGACCGCCGCCCGACGAGCCCGCGCCGCUGCUCGCCGAGGACCCUGACGGUGCCCCCUGCCCCCCCGACCCCACCGCCCCGACCCCGAUACACAAAAAAAGCCGGUACCCCGAUGAGGGCGAUGAGGAGGCUGCGGUGCCGUGUCGGAUCCUCCGGGUGCCGCUGUUGGCCGACGCGGAGCGGCGCUGGAGCCGCAGCCGCAGCCGGAGCCGCCGCAGCGUUCUGCCCCCGCAGGCUGCUCGCUCGCCCGGCGCCGGCCAGAGCGGCAGCGGCACGGGCAGCAGAGGCAAGCAGAAAGGGCAGCGGCAGGAGGGAGGGUCGCGGCGAGCUGCGGGGCCGAGCAUGGCGUGCGGGGAGAGGCAGGGGCCGAGCCGGGAGCGAGAAGCCGGGCGAGUGGUGGUGCUGGCCGCGUUGCUGCUGGGCUUGUGCUGCCGGGCGGCGGGCGAGCGGAUCCGCUACGCCAUCCCCGAGGAGCUGGGCAGAGGCUCGCUGGUGGGGCCGCUGGCGAGGGACCUGGGGCUGAGCCCCGCCGAGCUGCCGGCACGCAAGCUGCGGCUCAGCGCCGAGAAGCAAUACUUCGGUGUGAGCGAGGAGAGCGGGGAGCUGUACGUGAGCGAGAGGCUGGACCGGGAGGAGAUGUGCGGCGAGGCGGCGUCCUGCUCCGUCAGCUUCGAGGCGCUGGUGGAGAACCCGCUCAACGUUUUCCACGUCCACGUCGACAUCCAGGACGUCAACGACAAUUCCCCGAGAUUCCUGCAAGAUAAUUUUCAACUGGAGAUCAAUGAGUUCACUUCUCCCGGAGCCAGAUUUGCCUUGGGCGUGGCGGAAGACCCGGACGUGGGCAGUAACUCGCUGCAAGGCUACGAGCUGGAGGCAAACAAGUACUUCGAGGUGGAGGUGAAGGAGAGCGAAGACGGGAAGAAGUUCGCUGAGCUGGUGCUGCGAAGACCGCUAGACAGGGAGAGCGAGCAGAGAGUGCGGUUGGUGCUGAGGGCGCUGGAUGGCGGUGACCCGCCCCGCAGCGGCACCGCCCAGCUCUGCAUCAACGUCACCGACGCCAACGACAACCCACCCGUGUUCGCGCAGGACCGGUACCGGGUGAGCCUUCGGGAGGAUGCUUUGCCGGGUUCGACGGUGUUGAACGUCUCAGCGUCGGACGCUGACGCCGGCACCAACGCGCGUAUCACCUACGGCUUUGGGAAAAUGCCGUCCAGCGUGCUUGAGAAAUUCGCACUGGAGGCAGAAAGCGGGAUCAUCACGCUAAAGGAAGCACUAGACUAUGAGGACACGCAGGGCUACACGCUUCUCGUGGAGGCCAGGGACGGAGGAGGUCUUGUGGCUCACUGCAAGGUGGAGGUAGAAGUGUUGGACAUAAACGACAACGCACCCGAAAUCACGAUCCUGUCGGUGUCGAGCCCCGUGCCUGAGGAUGCCCCAACAGGUACCGUGGUGGCCCUCCUGAAAGUGAAAGACUCGGACUCCGGGGAGAACGGCGAUGUGCGGUGCGAGCUGUCGGGCGAGGCGCCGCUGUCGCUGGUGGCCUCGUCGGGCGGGUCGUACAAGGUGUUGACGGCGAGCGCGCUGGACCGCGAGCAGGCGUCGGAGCACCGCGUGAGGGUGGUGGCGAGGGACCGGGGCAGCCCGUCGCUGUGGAGCAGCGCGGAGCUGGUGCUGGAGGUGUCGGACGUGAACGACAACGCGCCGGUGUUCGAGGAGGCGGCGUACAGCGCGUACGUGGCGGAGAACAACGCGGCGGGCGCGGCGGUGGUGCGCGUGGUUGCGCGGGACGCGGACGCGGGCGCCAACGGGCGCGUCAGCUACUGGCUGGCGGGCGGCAGCGCGGGCGCGGCGCCGUACGUGUCGGUGGAGGCGCGGAGCGGCGCGGUGUACGCGCAGCGCUCCUUCGACUACGAGCAGUGCCGCGAGUUCACGGUGGCGGUGCGGGCGCAGGACGGCGGGGCGCCGGCGCGGAGCUCCACGGCGACGGUGCGCGUCUUCGUGCUGGACCGCAACGACAACGCGCCGCGGGUGCUGUGGCCGCCGGCAGGGACCCCCGCGGGGGCCGAGGCUUCCUCCUCGUCGUCGUCUUUGUCGUCGUCGUUGGCGUUCGAGGUGGUGCCGCGUUCGGCCGAGGCCGGGUACCUGGUGGGCAAGGUGGUGGCGGUGGACGCGGACGCGGGGCGCAACGCGUGGCUGUCGUACGAGCUGGUGCAGGCGGCGGAGCCGGCGCUGUUCCGCGUGGGGCUGCACAGCGGCGAGGUGCGGACGGCGCGGGCCGUGUCGGAGAGGGACGCGGCGAAGCAGCGGGUGGUGGCCGUGGUGAAGGACCACGGGCAGCCGGCGCUGUCGGCCACGGCCACGUUGCACGUGGUGCUGGCCGAGAGCUUGCAGGAGGCGCUGCCGGAGCUGAGCGAGCGGGCGGCGGGCGCCGACUCGCCGGCCGAGCUGCAGUUCUACCUGGUGCUGGCGCUGGCGCUGCUCUCCGCCCUCUUCCUGCUGAGCGUGGCGCUGGCCGUGCUGGCGCGGCUGCGCCGGGCCGGGCCGCCCGCCGUCCUGCGCUGCCUGGCCGCGCAGCGCUUCUCCGGGCCCGGCGCCGCCUUCCCGGCCGACUUCUGCGAGGGCACCUUGCCCUACUCCUACAACCUCUGCGUGGCGCCGGGACGCGCCCUGCCCGAGCCCGCUUGGCCGCCGCCGCCCGUGCCCAGCCUGCCCGCCGAGGAGCUGCUCGCCGGGGAGCCCUGCGGGGAGCGGAGCCCGAGCCCCAGCGCCGGACCGGCACAGCCGCCCGCCCGCCCCGACGCACCGCAGGUCUGUAAGCCCAAGCGCUACCGCUCUGCUCCUUCACCCCGCUUCUUUCCCAGCCUUUGCUGUGGUUGCCUCGUGCUCUGA